AUGAAAUGCUACACACAUUGCCAUAACCCUGUCAUUUUACCGGGAGUUUGCUGUCCAUCAUGUGCAGGCUGCUCGUUUGGCGGUAAAGUUUUCCAGGACGGAGAGACAUUUGCCCCGGGUGGUGACCCAUGCAUAAGAUGUUCAUGCAGGAAAGGGAGCGUGUCAUGCGAGAAACAAUCUUGUCCUGUUAUGAACUGCCCUCCUGACAGAAUCUACCGACCUCCAGGAAGCUGUUGCCACAAAUGUCGGGGAUCUCGGAAGAUUUACGAUGUUUUGUCAGUUUGUUUCUUCAGAAAUAAAAUCUACACUUUACGGAAAUCCGUGCGGGCAGAUAACUGUACGAACUGUACAUGCGUGGAUGGAACGAUGGUGUGUCACAAACCAACUUGUCAAGUUCUUAUUUGUCCGGAGGACCAACUUCAAACUAUUCCCGGGGAAUGCUGCCCAACUUGCAAGAUACAACCUCGAAGGGAAUGCCGUUACGAGGGUCACAUCUACCAGGACGGAGCCCAUUGGCGUCGAGAUGUGUGCACAACUUGCAGCUGCCUGGAUGGCUACACUGAUUGUCAGAUGGAACAUUGUAACAACGCUCUCCAAUGCCCAAAGGGUUACAAAUUACAGUUUACACCGGAAGCUUGCUGUCCAACUUGUGUUGAAGAGGCUGUAUGUACGGUUUUCGGCGAUCCCCACUACCGGACAUUUGAUGGCAAGAUCUACAAUUUUCAGGGACGCUGUAAAUACAUACUGGCACGGGAUUGUGUAAACAAGACGUUCAGUAUUAAAGUCCAGAACGAUGCCAGGUUAACUUCUGGUUUUUCUUGGACACACCGCGUUACUAUCCUUCUUGAAAGAUAUAGAAUUACGCUACAACAGAAUCUAAUCGUCAAAGUCAAUAGACAAAAAAUUAAACUUCCUUUCCGUUCAUACGAUGGUACAUCUUUAUGGAUCCGACAGGAGGGCCACUCAGUUGUCAUGGACACAGUGACUGGACUUCAAAUAGUUUGGGAUGGCGACAGCUUUCUAGAACUGACUGUUCCCAGUAAAUAUAAACAAAAGCUUUGCGGUCUGUGUGGUAAUUACAACGGUGACCCUAAUGAUGAUAUGACCGGACGGGAUGGAAUUCUUUAUUACAAUGAACAGGAAUUUGGCGACACCUGGCGGACGGGAAGUCAGUCAGCCUGUCGGAAUCGACUUACCUUCCACAAAAUGGAAUCGCCUCCUUGUAAGAAGAAUUUAAGGGCUCGGAACAGAGAGUGUCAGAUUUUGAUUAGCGAUGUUUUUGAAGAGUGUCGUAAAAAAGUUGACCCUAAGACUUAUUACAGAUCGUGUCUCAUGGACAUGUGUGAUUGUCCAAAAGGCAAACUUUGUUCCUGUGAGUCUUUGCUAGCCUACAGUCGAGCUUGUGCCCGUGAAGGAUUAUAUAUACCUCAAGAAAAAUAUGGUCACUGUAAAGACAAAACAUGCCCGGAAGGAGCCGUGUUUAAUAUCUGUGGCCCAGCUUGCUGGAGAACGUGUGAUAACCUCAACGACGUUGAUCGGGCAUCUACCCAUCUAUCUCAUUCUCUCUCUAAUCUGUCUAUCUAUCUAUCUAAUUUCUAUCUCUCAUUCUAUCGCCGAUUUCUCUCUCUCUCUCUCACUCUCCCACUCUUUCUCUCUCUAAUCACUCUAUCUAUCUCUGAUUUUCAUCUAUAUCUCAUUCUAUCACUGAUCUCUCUCUCUAUCUAUCUAUUUAUCUAUAUAUCAUUCUAUUGCUUAUCUCUCACUCUCUCUCUAAUCUCUCUCUCUCUAAUCUCUCUCUCUGAUCUCUCUCUCUGA